GGCCGAGAGUUUGGCUGGGGAGAUGAUGAGACGACAGGGACGCCUGGAGUUCACAAAAACAUUCCUUCAAAAUCAGAUUCCAAAGGGCAAAGUUAUAGAAGAAACUUGAAUAAUAUCUAUCACUUGGGUUUUAAACUCUGUCAGUCAGCAGCUGGUCUUAAAAGUUAUCUAAGGGCUCGUCAACGGAGUGAUUGUACUGUGGUGUGUGUGUUGAUGGGACGGCUAUUAUCUCUCAAGAUGAAGCAAUUACCAAUCAUCAUAUAUACAUGUGUGUGUGUAAGUAAAUACCCACUUCGGUCACGAAUGACCAUGAAAUUGCACCUAGAAAGUUUCCCUCCGAGGCACGUGUCUGGGUAAAUUGUUAGUGGAAAACCAGCAGUCGCCUAUGCAUACCACUCUCCCCAUUCCACGCCACCAAUGUUGUGCAAGGGAAAGGCAAAAGCUGAUACGGCUUGACACCAGUGACGUCGCAACUUCUGAAAGGAAAAGUUCAACACGCUAAAGCAAAAGGAAAAAAAAUGUUAGAUUAUCCAAAUAAAAUACAAUAACCGCAUACUGCUGCACUGAUCCUUAUGUGCGAGGUUGUAGGUUAUUUAGUUGGGUGUUGGAGGUUAUGUCCGACGAGCUAACGUUGAGAAUCAGUUUCAAUCAUUAGCUAUAGGAAAUAUGCGAAUGUUGCAUCUUCGUAUCGCACCUCGCAAUAAAUCUGAGGUAUUACGCUUAUGUAAAAAAAAAAAUUAUUAGUUUGAAAUUGUCUGUGAAUGAUACCCAAGGAAAAGUAUAAAUAAAAUAUAUUGUCUCUUCUUUCAUUAACAAAUUCAAUCAAGAAUGCAAAUUAUCAAGCAGUAGCAGCUUUAAGAGAUAUUAUCAUGUUCAAAUUGUUGCGAAGGGUUACACAAUAAAACCAUAAUUUUCUACACAAAUCUCUCUGAUCAACAAGAACUGUGAGUGAAAUGAAAUUGCAAACAGAACAUUAAGACAUAAAGUGUAUCACACGUAUCUCAGUUGUCUUCUUCGCUGUCUCACUAAAUCAAGGGCAAAUCACCUGCUAACCAAACUUGAACCAGCCGUCAGGAUCGUCGAUCCAUUUCAUUCUGUAAGUCGGUGGAAACUACUACCGCAACCAUGUCUAAUUUUCUUCUAUCCAUGAACUUUGUCAUUUCUCUACUAUAUCUCUGCUGUAUAUCUUGUUACAAAGCACAAAAUGCAGCUAUAUCAUCUGCCUUGGCUCCAUUUGAACUUGAAGCAUUCCAAUUUUCCAAUGAGAAUGACUCCUCAAAUAAAUACUACCUCAUCUGGGAACGUCCUGUAUACUUUCUACCUAGCAAUUAUAUUAGCCAUGCAAAUAUUGACAAAGAUGCGAAUGAUUUAUUACUGCACCAGCUUACUAUUCCAUUAUCAGAAGAAAGUCAACCAAAUCAAUCAUAUCAAACAGCAGGAAAUAAACCUGUUAAGUUUAGAAAAAAUGAACAACAAUCAACUGAAAACAGUACGAAUUCUGUAAACAAGGGAUUCUCAUACAAAACCCCCCAUGAAAUGGUUAAUAACAAAAUUGGUUUAUUUGGUGAUAUACAUGAAUAUAUAAUUGAAUACAAACAAAAGGAUUCAGAUGAAGCCAGCAUCACAAAAACUGUGAAAGCAGAUGUCACAUGGUUUUGCCUUGAAGGUCUUCUCAAUAACACAUUUUACUCUAUUUAUUGUACCCAUGAACCCAGUACACCAAAUAUGGCUGGAUAA